CGGUAAGCUGUUCUGUGGGCUCGACCAGCUGGUUUCGUUACCAGACCGUGGGUGAGUCGGUGGUUUUUCGACGCGAAGCAUCAUGGUCGGGGCAUGGCUGACGUCCGCGAGGCAAUGGUGGCGGCCCAACGCAUGGAAGCUCGUUGUCGCGAUGGUCCUCUACCACGGCUGGAACCACGCCGUCUUGGUCUUCCGCGCGUUCACACUGCUUCGCCGGCGCUUCCCGCAGCACUCGUACUUCCGCGCGCUCUGGUCGUCGUGCAUCUACAUCCUCACAGUGCAGCUCGGCGAGAUUGGCAACGUGGCGUUUGGCGUGAGCCAGCCGCGGCUCGUGCGCCGGACGCUCGCCUCGUCGCUGCGGCUGCGCACGAACGACUUCAAGUACGGUCCGCACGAACGCCACGCGCUCGACCUCUUUGGCACGACCAAGGACGCGUCAUCGAUAUCGCGGCCCGUCGUCAUCUUCAUCCACGGCGGCGCGUGGGCCAUGACCAACAAGUUCCACUACGCGGCGGUGGGGCAGGAGCUCGCCAAGCAUGGCAUCCUCACGGUCGUCGCCAACUACCGCGUCUUCCCGCAUGGCGACGUCGAAGACAUGCUCGAGGACCUCUCGUCGAUCGUGCAAUGGACGGUCGACAACAUUGCGUCCUACGGCGGUGACAUUGGCAACAUUACGCUCUCGGGGCACUCGUCCGGAGCCCACGUGUCGUCGCUUCUUCUCCUGCAGUCGGCGCGGCGCAUCGCGGCCAACAUUCCCCAGAAAUUUGAAGCCGCCAAGCACAUCAAGACCUACGUGGGCUUGAGCGGCCCGUACGACAUGGACGACCACUACGCCUUUGAAGCGGGCCGGUCGAUCGGGCCCUUCCGUGCCCACGCAAUCUCGCCACUGCAUCCGUCGAUGCACGGGCGCAAGCACUUUGGCUCGUUCAGCACACCGCAGCUCGUCCAGCCGGGACUCAAGUUGCCGCCGCGGAUGCUCUUGUAUCAUGGCAUCGACGAUGUGGUGGUGCCGCUGAGCGCAACAGUCAAGCUCGCCAAGAGCUUGGUACGCUGUCGAUCACGAGCUUGGUGACUCAUGGAUACUGUGUAGCGGGACGCGGGAACGGCUGUGGAUGUUGUCGAGCUGCCGUGCGGCCACGUGGAGCCACUCUUGGCGCUCAUGGGCGAAGACGCGGCGCUGAAAGAGGCCUUCUUUGCGUCGUUUUUGCCCGUCGUGCGACGCCCCCGCUGGCCGCUGCCGAGCAAACUGUAGACAUUGUAUACAUUUUCACUCGACGUUUGAGCUUGUUGAAUCGUAUGUUGAUAUAUUGAAACCAAGGCUGAGC